CUUGCUGUCCUUAAAAAAAAACAGGUUAUCAUCGUUUCUCCGACAGUCCGACCUCCGCAAGUUCUGUAGUUCUGAUUGUCAUCGCUUUUACGUAUUUUCUUGAUGUACAAAUUGCACAAGACUUGCCCACCGUUCGUGGUCGUUUCGUGGGUUCUUCAUCUUCUUUAAGUGCUGUUCUAAAUAAUUUUUAUUAAAAAAUACUGAAAAUCGUAUUAUCCGUUCCUUUUUGUCACUACUUUGCUGAUAACAUAUCCAAUUUAUCGAAUCAAUAAUCAUCGUCGUUCACUCUUUUUGAAGUCUGCGAAUCCAGAUUCGUUGUUAUUACUAUUUCAUUUUAAUUAGUGUAUUACUCAGUUUUUCCCUAACUUGUUUAAGUCAGUAGAGAAAGGUAAUAGUUUUAAAUUCACCCAAUCCAUCAUGUCUGAAGGCGAAGCCGGUACGGAUAGUGAAACUAGACCAAAGGGCAUUGAAGCUCUUAAACAACAUGUUGUCUCCCAUAAAGUGGAAGUAUCUCUUUGGUGUACAAGAUUAGCAACAAUUAUUUUUACGUUUGCAUACAUUCUGCCACUUUUCUGGAAUCCAGCUAGUGCAUAUUAUAGAAUUUUAUUGGCAAAUGCAGCUACAAGUGCAUUACGUCUUCACCAACGUUUGCCAGCCAUGCAAAUUUCUUUACAGUUCCUGACACAAUUAUUCAAAGAAGACAGUUGUCAUUACCUAUUGUACUCGGUCAUAUUUUUAUAUGUGUCACCUAAUAUUCUUGUAAUCCUGCCAGUGUUUUUAUUUUCAACAGUGCACUUUGCCAGCUAUUCUCUAACUUUACUUGAUCUUCUUGGUCAAAAUGCAUGGUGGGGUGCUCGGCUAUUGAUAUCUUUGGUUGAGUUCCAAUCACGAAGUAUCUUACGCCUAAUUGCCUUCUCUGAAAUCUUAGUUAUGCCACUCACAUUAUUCAUGUCAUUCUUUGGCCGCUCUGGAUUGUUAUCUAUUGUGUUCUACUAUCAUUUUCUCACAUUACGAUAUGCUUCACAACGUAAUCCACAUACAAGACUCAUGUUUACUGACCUUCGUAUAGCAGCUGAAAACUUUGCAAACAAAUCAGGCACACCAUCUUUUUUGCGAUCUGCUAUUUUAUCGGGUAUUGCUACCAUUAGUCGGAUGGCUCCCGCAGUUCCGCAAAAUUAAUAAUCUUUGACUUAUUCAUUGUCAUUAUUUUUAUUUAAAUGCAUGUUGGUGGGAUUUAUCUAACACAUGUUUCAUUAAUCAUUAGUCUUAGAGAUAUAGAAUGCCAUUUGGACAUACAUACUAAAUGUAUAAGAAUUAUUGCUUGGAUUUUUAUGUUUAUUUAUUAUUAUUAUUUUUAUUUUAUUUGGUUCCGGUUCUUCUAUUUAAAUUAAAAUGAAUAUUCAAAUUA